AUGCUGAAGUGUGAAAAAGAGGAAUGGGUACGUGGGCGUUAUCCGCAACAGGGUUGCCCAGAGAUGGCGUUGGUCCCGAGACUCCACGGGCUUCUCGAAGGCUGGAGUCCACUUCAGUUUGAACCUCCGUGGCGGAAGGAGCGCUGGCUGCAGGGCGAAGGACAAAACGAACCGAUCGGGCGUUAUCCGCAACAGGGUUGCCCAGAGAUGGCGUUGGUCCCGAGACUCCACGGGCUUCUCGAAGGCUGGAGUCCACUUCAGUUUGAACCUCCGUGGCGGAAGGAGCGCUGGCUGCAGGGCGAGGGACAAAACGAACCGAUCGGGUAA